GCUGGGAGGGAGGGCAGGCGAGUGAUGCCAGACGCCUGACUGGAGGCGGAUCCAGCCGGCCAGCUGCCUCUCUGGAGCCCAGCUCUUGGGCCCCCUGCACUCACCUGCUCUUCCUGGGCUGGCUGUCUCCUGCUCAUCCAGCCAUGCGGUGGCUGUGGCCCCUGGCUGUCUCUCUUGCUGUGAUUUUGGCUGUGGGGCUAAGCAGGGUCUCUGGGGGUGCCCCCCUGCACCUGGGCAGGCACAGAGCUGAGACCCAGGAGCAGCAGAGCCGAUCCAAGAGGGGCACCGAGGAUGAGGAGGCCAAGGGCGUGCAGCAGUAUGUGCCUGAGGAGUGGGCGGAGUACCCCCGGCCCAUUCACCCUGCUGGCCUGCAGCCCACCAAGCCCUUGGUGGCCACCAGCCCUAACCCCGACAAGGAUGGGGGCACCCCAGACAGUGGGCAGGAACUGAGGGGCAAUCUGACAGGGGCACCAGGGCAGAGGCUACAGAUCCAGAACCCCCUGUAUCCGGUGACCGAGAGCUCCUACAGUGCCUAUGCCAUCAUGCUUCUGGCGCUGGUGGUGUUUGCGGUGGGCAUUGUGGGCAACCUGUCGGUCAUGUGCAUCGUGUGGCACAGCUACUACCUGAAGAGUGCCUGGAACUCCAUCCUUGCCAGCCUGGCCCUCUGGGAUUUUCUGGUCCUCUUUUUCUGCCUCCCUAUUGUCAUCUUCAACGAGAUCACCAAGCAGAGGCUACUGGGUGACGUUUCUUGUCGGGCCGUGCCCUUCAUGGAGGUCUCCUCUCUGGGAGUCACGACUUUCAGCCUCUGUGCCCUGGGCAUUGACCGCUUCCACGUGGCCACCAGCACCCUGCCCAAAGUGAGGCCCAUCGAGCGGUGCCAAUCCAUCCUGGCCAAGUUGGCUGUCAUCUGGGUGGGCUCCAUGACGCUGGCUGUGCCCGAGCUCCUGCUGUGGCAGCUGGCACAGGAGCCUGCCCCCACCAUGGGCACCCUGGACUCGUGCAUCAUGAAACCCUCAGCCAGCCUGCCCGAGUCCCUGUACUCACUGGUGAUGACCUACCAGAACGCCCGCAUGUGGUGGUACUUUGGCUGCUACUUCUGCCUGCCCAUCCUCUUCACGGUCACCUGCCAGCUGGUGACAUGGCGGGUGCGAGGCCCUCCGGGGAGGAAGUCAGAGUGCAGGGCCAGCAAGCACGAGCAGUGUGAGAGCCAGCUCAACAGCACCGUGGUGGGCCUGACUGUGGUCUACGCCUUCUGCACCCUCCCAGAGAACGUCUGCAACAUCGUGGUGGCCUACCUCUCCACCGAGCUGACCCGCCAGACCCUGGACCUCCUGGGCCUCAUCAACCAGUUCUCCACCUUCUUCAAGGGCGCCAUCACCCCGGUGCUGCUCCUUUGCAUCUGCAGGCCGCUGGGCCAGGCCUUCCUGGACUGCUGCUGCUGCUGCUGCUGUGAGGAGUGCGGCGGGGCUUCGGAGGCCUCUGCUGCCAAUGGGUCGGACAACAAGCUCAAGACCGAGGUGUCCUCUUCCAUCUACUUCCACAAGCCCAGGGAGUCACCCCCACUCCUGCCCCUGGGCACACCUUGCUGAGGCCCCAGUAGGGGUGGGGAGGGAGGGAGGGGCCGCCACCCCCGCCGGUGUCUGCUGUUCUUUCCCCAUAGGUCUUGCUUUGCUGCCUGUCUUGCUGUCUAGAGAUGGACUUGGUUCCUCUUGUCAAGGUUUGGGAAUGUCAAAGCCCCCUCCCCACACAGGGCCUUUCCUGUCCCUUGUGGGGCCUUCCAACCCUGUCCUUUCCACUGGUGGGCGGUGAUGCUUCUAGGUCCUUAGACCUGCCCAGAAACUCUGAGUCCCAGCAGCUGGGAGCCAGAACUUUGCCUGCCCUCCCUUGGUUCCGGUCUCUCUUCUCUCUCUCUGCCUUGGAACCUGACCAUACUUUAGUUGUGCCCUUCCCAGGCAUCAUCCUCCUACCACCAACCUGGGGCCCCAUCUUGGAAUGGGGGCUCCUUGGGGCCAGCCCAGUGUGGCUCACCACACUCUUCUUUUUUUUUUUUUUUUGAGAUGGAGUCUUGCUCUGUUGCCCAGGCUGGAGUACAUUUGCCUGAUGUCAGCUCCCUGCAACCUCCGCCUCCUGGGUUCAAGCGAUUCUCCUGCCUGAGCCUCCUGAGUAGCUGGGAUUACAGGUGUGCACCAACACACCCGGCUAAUUUUUGUAUUUGUAGAAGAGGCGGGGUUUCACCAUGUUGGCCAGGCUGGUGUUGAACUCCUGACCUCAAGUGAUCUGCCUGCCUUGGCCUCCCAAAGUGCUGGGAUUACAGGUGUGAGCUGCCACGCCCAGCCCCAGUACACUCUUCUCUGGACCAGAUCUGUCCCAGUCCUGGACGCCUCCUCCUACUGGUGCCUUCUUUUCUUCCAGAGGAUUUCUCUCUCCUUCCUCCUCCUUUCUUUGGGAUCCCCGGGUUGCCCUGUCCCAACCUCCUUGUUAGGUGCUUUCCCAUAGGAGGCCCUUCUUGAGAAACAAUAAACUAGGUAGAACUAC